CUUUGGAAGGAUUUGGUGGGGGUUUUUUGUUAUUUGUCCAAAAUCUGGACAGGAUGGGAGAUUUCUCAGAACAGGCUAACCCUUAGUACUCCUAGAGCAGCAUAUGUAUCUCAUGAAGCGUUUGUGUAGCUCCCUCCUCCUAAUGACCACAAUGUGGCUGGACCAAGCCUUGACAUCUCCUGUUAGUUUUAAAUACGUGUGAUGCUUAUAGCAGCCCGUAUCACAUAUUCACCACAGAUGUUGAAGGAAGUAACCUCACUUCAGAAUAGUAGUACCAUUAUUUUUGGAGCUUUUCAGAGUCGCUCUGGAGAGCUGAAGCAGCUUCCCCUGGCUGGGGCUCAGUUCCAGAGAUGUUCACAUCUGCAAUCUAAAACAAGAACCUCAAAAACUAGAUCCUGUCGUCUUUCUGUGGCUCCAGAGGAGAAGAAAAUCUCAGGCUGGUUUCCACUGAAGAGACUGAUUGAUGAACUUCCUGAAGGAGCCGUCAAGCCUCCAGCAAAUAAAUACCCCAUCUUCUUCUUUGGGACUCAUGAAACUGCGUUCCUGGGGCCCAAAGACCUUUUCCCAUAUAAAGAAUACAAAGAUAAGUUUGGGAAAUCGAACAAGCGAAAAGGAUUUAAUGAAGGCCUGUGGGAAAUAGAAAACAACCCUGGAGUAAAGUUUACUGGAUAUCAGGCAAUUCAGCAACAGAGCUCAUCAGAAACUGAAGGAGAAGGAGGAAAUACAGCAGAUGCCAGCAGUGAGGAGGAAGGUGAUCGGGUAGAAGAGGAUGGAAAAGGAAAAAGAAAGAAUGAAAAAGCCGGCUCAAAACGGAAAAAAUCCUACACUUCAAAGAAAUCCUCCAAGCAGUCACGGAAAUCUCCUGGAGAUGAAGAUGAUAAGGACUGCAAAGAGGAAGAAAAUAAGAGCAGCUCUGAUGCUGGGGACGCAGGCAAUGACACAAGAAACACUUCAGAUUUGCAGAAAACCAGUGAAGGGACUUAACCAACAUAAUGACUGCUGAAUAUUAAGGGAAAACACAAGAAGGUUACAUGUUUGGUUGUCUAAUAUUCUUGGAUUUGAUAUGAGUCACCACAUCUGUUCAUUAGUACCAUCAACAGCAUCCCAGUUUGUAUGCACAUUAUUCACAUUCCUAUCUGUUGUGUUUGCAGAAAUGACAUUUUUACCCUUUUUUCUAAGGGUUAAUUUUUGAUUUUCAUAUUAUUUGGUUGCAUGAAGUUGCCCUUUUCCAGUGGCUGAGGUUUAUGAAGAUAUCGCAUACUUGAACGUGUUUUAGAUUCCUUUUCGAGACAGAAAAGGCAUAACUCCAAUUUAUAUCAUUCUAAAUCAACAUUUUUUAAACACAACUAAAUCUUAGAAAUGAGUCCCCUCCAUACAAUGCUACAAUAAUCUUCCACAUACAGACAUAAUUUUAAAUUUUCCUAGAUCCAUUCUCUCUUGGGUUUUGAUCAGUUUACAACAUGAAAGAAAAAUUCUUCUUCAGUUGAAAUCACCACCAAGUUCAAUAAUGUAAUAAAAUACCUUUCCUUAUUAGAAGUACCUAGCUAGUUAUACUCUUAAUACUUCUCCAAACCAUGAUGUAAUGUACACUAUCUGACUUAGUUCCUAUAUGUGGAGUUAGUGAAAGUCUUUUUGUGUUUCUUUAGAUUAAUACAAGGAUUUUUCCAAUGCCAACACAAUUUGAAAUCAUUCAUUUGGAUGCUUUCCAUUUUUAAGCUUACUGUGAUAUACAGCCCUAUGGGAAACCAAAACAAAACAUCAAUUUUAAAUAAUGAAAGGCUUAAAAAAGGAUGCUGUCAUUCUGGCUUUUUUUUUCCUUUUGGAAAUAGAACUAGACUAGUAAGUAAGCAUUCCAAAUCCAUUACUCUGUGUACAUUAUUGUUGCUAUUGUGAUAAUAGAGAUUUUUAUUUAUUUUUAUGCCAGCUUUUAUUGUGAAAACAUAUUUAGUCUGGUUUUAUCAAUCCUUGUUAUGCUUGUCCUUGGAACAUCUUUUGCGUAUUCAAGGUUUGUAGUUGAUGAGUUUACUGUAAAAAACUAAAAAAAAAAAAACACAAGGAAAAAAACCAAAAAAACACCAAAACAAAACAAAAAGGAAACAAAAAAAAUGUAUUGUUUUUACAGAAUAAAUUUAUUGGAAUGUGUAUUGGGAGUAAGGUUUGAGGUUGUAAGCAACUAAGUUAGCGUCAUAUUUGGCUUCAUACGUGUAAUAAUGUGAGGUAUUAAUGUAAGUCAAGUAUUAAAGCAAAACAUUCUGUUAACAUGAGUUGACCAUAAUAGAUACAAGUGCAGGUGAGAUCUUUAUUUUUUCUGUACUUUGCCUUUUCUGGAUAACAGGAAGUCAUUAAAUUCACCUUGAAUGUAUUCAAAGUUUCUUUCCAGACAUCAGAAGUAACAUCAGAGGCUCAGAUACCUGUCUGUGAGCCAGCACGUCCUGUGACAGCCCGGCUGGGUUUGUUUCCCUGGGAAGAGGCACUGGGAUGGAGCUGUCCCAAAGCCUAAGGAGCUGCACCAGGGAUGCUGGGUGCCAGCAAGCAUUGCCUGAGGUGUGCUGUGGUUGUUUUGGCCCUGCCCCUUUGGCUGGAGGUGUAAAACCUGGGGCUCUCCUCUGACAUAGCAGUGUUCAGCAGGAGAGUGUUACAGCCUGCAUUUCUCAGUGCUCUGAAGGUCCCUUCGUGCAGGGUGCAGCACACAGGCAUGUCAGCUGCUUCCUUGUUACUGAUUAGACUUAAAAAUAAAAUUCUUUCAAUCGAAACACCAAGAAGUCAGCAAACCCAAGUAAAGUGUUUCCAGUUAAAACGUAUCAGCUAGUUUCAUCUGUGAGAAAGGCACUAGGUGUACUGCUUUUAAUAUAAAUACACAUAGAAGGCAUAGAAAUAGCUGUAAUUGCAAAUAGAAACGUAAGCUGCCCAAACCAAGGUCGCUGUGUUGGCUGCUGCUUGUUUCUGAGCCAGCAGCAUUAGCAAAAGUAGCUGCAGAGACACAGCCAAAAUCCCUCCUCUGAAACACACGAGCUCAGAGGCUCAGAGCCCUCUGUGCCUAGCCCACAAGUGCUGCUGAGCACCUGCUUGGCUUCAAGCAGGUGAGCAGUCCUGGCAGAAGUGAAUCCUGAAGAGAAUUAACAAAACUAUAUGAUUUGCUUAUCAUAUAUGGAGUCUUACCAUAAGAGUUGAUUGCUUCUUAAAAGAUUUCUUGGGAUUUUUAACAAGGUCGACCCACAAGACAUACUUUUUGACAAAUAAAACAUGUGCAUGUGACAGAGUUAUGUAUGUUAAUUUUUCAUGCUUCACAAUGCUGACCUUCAUGUUGUGCAGUAGCUGUGUGCAGGGACUGCUAGCACUGCUAUUCUUCAGCGUGCGGAGGCUAAACACUGACAUCAUUAUUAUUAUUUAACUUCAUGCAGUAUUUCUAAAACUGUCAAAGCAGCUUACUUAAAAAUAGCUGUGGGAACUGGCAAUGCACUGCAAAGUCACAAUGUUGAGAAGUGGUGCUGAAGGCAGUUGUCUUUAUUUUCCCUUUUUCAGUAGGAUAAACAGAGCAGCCCGGCGACUACACAGUUGUGCAAUUUUACACAUCUUACACGCCUCUUUUGGGUUCCAUCUGAGCACUUCAGUUACAUCCCAACCCAACUAUAUACAUAGCCAAGGACAGGAGCUGGAAACAGUUCUGCUAUUCUGGUUUUUCUUCUUGUUUUGGUUUCAUGAAAAACUCUGGCUUGUUGACACACCUGUAAGCGAACAGCUGAGGAAGAAUCCCAUACAUUAUGUUCAAUAUCAGGAAAAACUCUUUUGCUUCUUCAGGGACUCUGUAGAUGUAAGGAGUUCGAGCAUGAAGAGAAGCACCAAUAUGGGAAAAUUGAGCCUGUGGUGUGUAUAUAACACAUAUAUUAAAAAAAGGUAAAGUUGAUGUAUAUUUUUGGAAAGAUGGCAUAAUCUGCGUGCAAGUCUGCAUCUCCAGUGACAUUUUCCAAGCCAGCCCUUAUUCUUAUUCCAGAAUUAUCCAUAAUACUUUUGCACAGUGGUAUAAAAAUACAGUCUAAACUAAAAUCAUUAAUAUCUUGGUGUAUGAGGCAUAACUGGAACCAUUGGUGGCAUGGUAGGAGGUUUGUUUUAUGCACAUGGUGGCACUGAUAAUUUCAUCAGGUACAGGAUUCCACCCUGGCUUUCUGGGUCAUAAUUUGUGCUAGAGGGUCCCCAGAAAAGUGGCCACUGAAGGGCACAUCCCUGCAGAGCCCAGUCAGGGCAAGGGCUCUCACCCACCUGCCUGGGAGGGCUGUUGGGUGUUUGGCAUCACUGGGGGCAGCCAGAUACUCGCUCUGAGUAAAGUUAGAAAGGAGAACCUAUGUUAGUUCUGGUUUGGACUUCUUAAUCUUAAACCCAGAUUGUUCCAGAUUCUGAUCCCACAACUCCUGGUGAUUUCAGAAAAUGUCUGCAAUAUUUGGGUUUCAAGCUUGGGCUGGUUUGAAGUAUAAAUUGAGCAUACAGUGAAGGUUAUAGGCACAGACAGGCUUGCUGGCCUGAAGCAUAUUUUUAGCAUAAACAAACAUUUAAAGAUAGAAGUGUCAGGAUAGUCGGUGUCUUUUGUUUCCAUCUGUUACCUGCUAUUUCAAGCCACUGCUCAUUCACAUUAACUAUUGUGUGUCUGAUUUUUUUAUUACUAUUUAGUUAGCUAGCAGUGGAGGGGAUCUGAGAAGAUGAACAUCAGUUUGACCAUAAGGAGAGCACUGAGACACCAGGAUUUUAGGAACACAGAGGAGUACACUAUGGCCAAAUCACAUCCUCUGUUCUGGAGUCAGUUUGGCCUCAAGUAGAACAUGGUUCUGGUCACAGCAGAGCAGAAGGGGAGAUAAAGUGCAGGUGUUUCAAUACACCACCCCAGCAAAAGGUUAGGCUGAGACCAUCCAUCAAAACAGAAACAGAAAUUGGUUUCAGGUGAUUCCAACCACCUCAGCUGAAUUGGGAGAGCUCAUUGAGCAAACCUGAGCCAGGAAACAAAGUAAUCAACGAAAUCAAAUACAAACACACUUCAGCAGAGUGCCACUUAGCAUGUUUCUGUAAAUAGCUAUUGCACUGCAAACAGAUGUUCAGGGGCACAUUGUCAGCAGCCUUUUUCUAUCGGCCUGGUAACUCACUCUGUCUCUUGCAGCCCAUUUGUUCUCACCUGCCCAGGCAGGCCCUGCCUGUGGCACCUGGGUGGGCCCGGUGCCACCCCCUCGCUGUCACCCCUCCCUGCCAUCCCCUCUGCCACCCCUGCUGGGGGAGCCUCCUCAGCCCAGGCAGCCAGAGCAGCCCAGCAGCAAAGCCCCCUCAUAGCACAGGGCAGCAGACUCCCAGACAGACAGACAGACGGACAGACAGCUGCCAGCAGGAGGUUUGGGCUGUCCGGUGGUCCCUCAGACGCUGAGAGCCCCUGGGUUGCAUUUUAGAGCCUUGUCUGGGGUGAAGAAGCUGCAAAGCUGCUCCUUCUCUGUGAGGAUUGUGAGGCCUGCCUGCCUGCGAGCGUGGCCAGCUGUGCUUCAGAGUAAGUUGAUUGUCAAUUUCUCACAAUCCACAGUAAUCCUUGUCAGAAGGAGCUGUAAGGGGAUGCUUCUGAGAGACCCAGAACUCCCAGAGCCCCCAAGAUGCCUGAGUAUCUAAGCCUUACUGUGUGGUCUUGUCUCUUAAAGGAGUUGUGGCACAUUAGUGAGCUUUAAUUGUUAUAAAACCAAAAAGCAGCAACAUGAUGUCCUGUCUGUAGCCUACAAAGAUUUUUGGUGGUUAAUGAUGCACCAUAUAAUGAAGUUAUUGUUUAUUAGACUUGUUUUUCACUGUAACACAUGGCUUCUUCGUUCAUUACCAAGGAGGAUAUAAUUUAGGUCUGUAAAGUCUUUUUUUUUUUAAUUUAUUUGAUUUGCCUCUGUGAAAAUUGUGUUAUGUCUUUAAUCUCCUGUGUUUCUCUUCCAUGACUGUUCUCUGCUGCUACUUUUUCUUUUUUCUUUCCUCUUUUUUUUCUUACUUGGAGCAGGGGAUAUGUCUUAAAAGCAGAUGCCUCACUCACCAGUGGCCCAGUGCUGCUCUCCCUUCAGGCAGACUGGCACCAAACCCCUGAUUCUGAGCUGUCAGUCCCUGCAGAGCUCUGUGCCUGUGUGCAGUAGGCUGAGAGAAACCUUGAGUCUGCUGUGUUACCUCGCUGUCAUUGGGGUCUCUCAGCAAUUAAGCCAUUCCUUGGUGCUUUCUGUUACUGAUCCCCUCUCUCAAAGUGGAGAAUUUGGAGGCUCCAACAAACUCCUGAGCCUUGGCUGAGAAAUCAACCAGAUGAGAUGCUGCAGGUAACCUCCUGAGGUAGCCUUACAUGCCCAGCAUGUCACCCCUGAAGCCUCGGCCACUCUGCUCCUGGGCACCCCCAGCAGGUGGAAGCUGCUGGCAGCUGCAGUCUGGGUCUGCCUGCUUCUCACUGACCUGCUUGUCUCUAUGGAGCAGUCUGCACUUGGGAUUUUUACAUUUUUUGCCUUGUUGCCUAAUGAUAGGCAGUAUUUCAAGUAUUUUUUACCUUGCAGUUAAGGACAGAGGAAAGACCCAGAAAAAGGUUAGGAGUCCUUCUUCAUUCUGUGCCUUCUCUCUAAGACUGACUAAAAUCAGGCAAAGACUGUAACUUUGGAAGGGUUUGGACCUGGUCUCAUGAGCCUAACAAAGCCAUCAAAUAGAAGGGGAGUAACCUAGAAAAAUACAUCCCUUGGGUUUAGGGUCUCUGGUAGACAAGAAGCACUGCAGAAAGUAGCCACAAAAAAAGCAGGGUUAUGGAAAACACUAAGAGGGAGUCGAGGUAAACUUUCUACAUUUGCGAAAACAGAGAAAUGGGCUGCAGAGAGUUGGUGAGAUGAUUUUGGCUAGUAGGGCUGUGGCUCUUCAUCCUUCUCACAUGGCUCACUUGCAUAGGGAAAUACCAAUUUCAUUAAGUUCAGAGGCUGUUCCAACCCUUUUGUAUAAUCAAAGCUCCUGGUACUUCACUCAUGUGAAAUUCAAAGAGCUCCUCCUGAAGCUUCAGAAAGUCUAGUAAUUAUUGGUUUUGGAGUCUGAAUGUUAGUAAUGGAGUUGUUCCAGCUGAAAUUUUCAGAAUUUGUAAUUCUGAAAAUCAGUACAUGUCUGUCUGUGUGAAAGGCUAGUAGGCACUUUGGAGGUUCUUAGUUUAGAUGCAUCACAUGGUAUUUUGUGACUUGUUUUUGUAAAAAGUACAUCAUAAUGAUAGAAAUAAAAAUAAUUCAAAUCUCCAUGUU